AUGCUCUUAUAUUUAUUAUUUGGUUUUACUGUUACUGCUGCAGCUCAUCAGUGUUCUCCAUGUCGAACAUGGAUCGAAGAUCAAUUACGAACUGUUCAUAUUCCUGGUCUUGCGGCAAUCGUGGUAAACUCAAGUGACAUUCUCUAUGAACAAGGCUUUGGUUUUCAUUCACCUAUUUCAAAUCAGUAUCCAAUCGAUCCAUUGAAAUCAAUUUUUGUUUUAGCAUCUCUUUCAAAAACAUUUAUUGCUCUGGCAGCUAUGCAAUUGGCCGAAAAAGGUCAACUCAAUCUGGAUGUUGAUAUCAAUCAAUAUUUAAACUUUCCAAUACGAAUAUUUCAUCCAUCACAUCCACAGUCCAUUAUCACUAUGCGUCAUAUUCUUUCACAUUCAUCGGGUCUCGGCUCAAAUUAUGAAGAAGAAUUUCAUCAUGGAAUGCCGGGUGAUGAUUUUGUAAAAACAAAUUUGACAGAUGUCGUUCUUCGAUAUCUCUUAAACAAAUUAAGUUGGCUAUCUGAAGCACCAGGCAAUGUAACAUAUUAUACGAAUGUCGGUGCUGCCUGGGGUGCUCUUGCCAUUGAGAGAAUUUCUGGUCUUACAUUUGAAAAUUAUGUUCGACAAAGAAUUCUUGAUCCAUUGGGUAUUUCAACAAGUGAUGCCAGCUAUCGAUUGUCUAGUUUUACAAUGAGAAAAACAGAUUUAGUUGACCAGUAUGUUUACAAUGUAUCAUUGCUAAGUAUUUAUCAUCAAAUAAUACCACAAUUGAACGUUGUUCAAGCUCCGAAUUCAACCGAAUGGCUUUAUAUACCUCAUUAUAGUAUUAGUGUUUAUCCAGCUGCUAUGCUUCGUAUGUCAGCUCGUUCUUUAUCCAUUUAUCUUCGAUUAUUUCUUAAUAAUUUUUCUCCUGAUCUUCUUCAAAACGUGUCAUCAAUGAAUGAAAUGCUUCAUGUUAGUCGACAAGAAGGUUCACGAGAUGAACCUGAUGUUCAAUACGGCUUGAUUUGGAAUUGGCGAUAUCAAAAUAAUCGACGUUUAGUAGGACAUCGUGGAUGGAUGCCAGGAGUUGCUCAUACAAUGAUGGCAAAUGAAAAAAGAAGCCUCGGCGUAAUACUACUUUCGAAUGGUGACAUCACUUGGGGCGAUAGUUUAGCUAAGCAAGUAUCCUCAACCUUAACUGAUAUAAUGGGACAAUUAUUUGAUUGUUUUGAGCAAUAA